AUGGCUGACGAGUCGCCCAGUAUUCAAAAUCUAAUUGAGGAGCUCGGGUUUCCUCCAAGCGAGCACCAAUUCUUGCUUCGUCUCUUCGGCUCAUCCGAUCCAUUUGCUGGGCUUCCUGGUACAGAUCUAGAGCCCAGUCACAGCCGAAAUCAACCUGGCCAACUCAGUUCUACCAGCAUUGCUCAUAGACUUGCAUCUACUAGGCUCUGGCAAGCUAUUCCUCCGCUCAGUGGUGAACGUGCCAAUCAGUUUCGUCUACCACCCACCCACCGUCCUCCUAGUGGCUUUCGCGAAGGCUUGGAAGGCAGAGAUCUAGUUCAAUACGGAGAAGAGUGGACUUCUCUCAUCGCCGCCGAUUCAGAAUCUCUGUUCUCCGAGUUACUCCAACAGGUUGUAUCGGACGAACAUCCCUGCCUUGAGUCCUCUGAGCUUCCCGAACACCAUAAGACAUCGGAGAAAGUUGCACGCCCUGAAUCAGUUGGACUGCCAAGCCCAUCAGUCUAUGACAGCGAAAUAGGUGAGCCGCCCGACUCUGUUUUUAAUCUCAACGACACCCUUGGAACCCAAGGCAAUUUCAAAAAGUCCCAGGAUCCGAGGACAUUAAAGGAACCCGGGAGCUUUGAGCAAUUACUUCAAUCAUUUCCAGUCCCUCCCGGUCGCAACCAAACGGUCGGGGACCAAAGUUUCUCCCACGUUUCUUCUGACUCCCAACGAGUGCUACCGAAAGACAGUGCCCAGGCUAAUACGUCGACUGUCUCCAGUACUCAAAUCGAAUCUGUGGCCAGCCUACCUCGGAUUUCCCGAUUCUCCGAAGAAUUGGAUAACAAUAAUUCGAUCAGAGAGCAAGAUUCUUCCAACGUUUGUGCCAAAGCUAGUACAUCUGCACUCGACACCAGUGGGCUAGGGAAUACCUCAACUAGUUCUUCUGGAAUCCCUCCGUCGUCUACUAUCGAUACCUCAACCGUCGUUAACACUCGGAACGUUUCCUUUCGAGUCCCUUCCCUGUCCCCCAGGGCCUCUUUCAGAGAGUUACAUCCCCCAAUCGACCAUCACCAGGGACAACAAGCGAAGCUUGACAGCUCCCACCAGGCCCACGAUCGUGCAAAUAAGUACACUGCUUUCCCUGAAUACCAUCCACAAGUUCGUCCGAUCAGCUACGUGAUCAGACGGCAGCGCCCCUUCAAGCCUAUCUUCGAAGGGCGCCCCACACCAACAGCUUCCCCUCGAUAUUACCAAAAGACGCCUCUCCGUAUCUCUUCUCGUCCGUCGACAACCUCUUUCGCCUCAGGGAAAAGGAGCGUACGAAAGUGCAAAAGAGUCUUGAAACAUCUUGUGAAGAGGCUCAAACAUCUGUUUUGUCAAGCCCGCAAAAGCCCGGGCACUCCAUCCACACUCAAUCGUUAA